CCUCGGGGGUCUGAUGGCAGCAUGGCGGAGGUAGGGGCACCGGACGAGUCGUCGGACAGCGAGCCGGAGCAGGAGCCCGGAACCCCCCAGAAACUCAUCCGAAAAGUGUCCACGUCCGGCCAGAUCCGCAGCAAGACGGUGCUGAAGGAAGGAAAUCUGAUGAAGCAGACCAACUCGUUCCAGCGCUGGAAGAGAAGAUACUUCAAACUGAGAGGGAGGACGCUGUACUACGCUCAGACCUCUAAGGUGAGCCGGUCUACUACGCUCAGGUGGAGGACUAGACUCUGUCCUACAUUCAGACCUGUAUGGUAGAAGGUGGAGGAC